GUGUCAAAUUCAAAGCUCAUAAUCACAUGUUUCUAAAGUUUAGGUUGUACAGAUGCUAUAUAAGUCGUAAACAACAUUCGUAUUGUGGACUAAACGAUUUGCAGGCAGUGGAGAAGAAAUGGCUACCCAUUAUAAGAAAAAUAGAUGCAGAUAUCGGAAAUAGGAACGCAUUAAAAUGCAGACAGUCUUUUGUACUGUCGAUGUUUCCUUAUCCGUCGGGUAGUUUGCAUAUGGGGCACUUGCGCGUUUACACUGUCUCUGAUGUACUGGCUCGUUACAAAAUGAUGUGUGGGGAAGCAACAAUAUAUCCUAUGGGUUGGGAUUCUUUUGGUCUACCUGCUGAAAAUGCUGCUAUUGACAGAGAUGAGUUUCCUCUCGACUGGACUAAUAAGAAUAUACUUUCAAUGAAACAACAAAUGAAUGAAACAAUGUCGCUAACUGUUGAUUGGUCAAGAGAGUUGAGCACUUGUGAUCCAAAUUAUUAUAAAUGGACUCAAUGGAUAUUUCUUAAAUUAUUUCAAUCAGGUUUAGCUUAUCAUAGAUCAGCUUAUGUGAAUUGGGAUCCAAUUGAUAAAACUGUACUCGCUGAUGAGCUGAUUGAUAGUCAAGGACGAUCUUGGCGUUCUGGUGCUAAGGUAGAACGUCGACCUUUACGUCAAUGGUUUUUUCGAACAACUGCUUAUUCUAAGUCUCUUUUAGAUGGUUUAAAAGACAUUGAAAAUAAUGAAUGGCGUGAUGUUGUCAAUCUACAACGUGGUUGGCUUGGUAAUCUGAAUGGCACUCAAAUAGAAUUCGAUGUAAUCUCAUCUGAUGAACGACAGAGAGUUGAUCCACGUCAACAUCAAAUGCUUUAUUCACCUGCAACAGAUGGUCAUUCAAUAAGGAGUAAAAAAACCAAAGACCGUCUGGUUGUAUUUACAAAGUAUCCAAGUUUAGCUGUUGCUGAUUUAAUCAGUUAUAUAAGAGUUGGUUCAGAUAGUGUAUACUUUGCAGAUAUGUAUAGAAAGCCAGAAGAAAAACGUGUCUUAAAUUUUAGCCGAAAAUUAGUUCUACACUCUGAUUGGGAUAAUCUAAGUAAUGCAAACAAGUUGUCUAUUGCAUCGUGUACAUCUGUAUCACCAUGGCCAGAGGUUUUAGAUGUUUCUGUUCGUCAUCCGCUGACAGGACGUUCAAUUCCAAUGAUUCGUGAUAAUAUCCCAUUGCCUAAACAUUCCAGAGCUUAUCCAAAUGAAUUAGUCUUUUCUCUACAUGGUCAAACACCUGAUCUUCAAUCAGAAUUAUUGGAUAUUCCAUUAUCACCGGGGAAAUUAUCCUAUGGGAUAAAGGAUUCAUCAAAGGGGAACGAGUUGAAUGUUUCAAAUGAAGAUGAGUUAAACCAGUGUGUUAUAAAUACUCCUAUUUCUGAGCUUCAUGGCAAGACAGUUGGUGAGUCAACGAAUAAAGCUAUGCAAAUGUUAAAGAUUAUUGGGCGUGGUGGUUACUGGUGUAGUGAUGACCGUACUGAUUGGCUGGUAUCUAGACAACGUUAUUGGGGUACUCCUAUACCGAUUAUACACUGUGAUACCUGUGGGCCAGUCCCAGUGCCUGAAGAUCAAUUGCCUGUUGUUCUUCCACCACUUGACAACGCUUUAAAACGAGGUGAUGAACCGUUGAAGCAUAAUGAAUCCUGGCGUAAGACAACAUGUCCUAAAUGUGGUAAUCCAGCCAAUCGUGAAACGGAUACAUUAGACACAUUUGUUGAUUCCUCCUGGUAUUAUUUAAGAUAUUUGGAUCCGAAUAAUACAAAAGUGAUAUGUGAUCGUGAAAAAGCGGCUGAAAGUUUACCUGUUGAUGUAUAUGUUGGUGGUAUAGAACAUGCUAUUCGACAUCUUUAUUAUGCUCGUUUUAUUGCACAUUUUCUGUAUGAUUUGAAUAUUCUACCAUGUCGUGAACCAUUCAGACGUUUCCUUCCAGUUGGUUUAGUUUUGGGUCAAACGUACAUUGAACCACAAACUGGUCGUUUUAUUCCAUCUGUUAGUGUGGAGAAAAUAUCAGUGUCUGAUAAAAAGGUUCAAUAUUAUGAAAAAGCAACCAAUACCCCAGUUGAAAUGUAUUGGGAUAAAAUGAGUAAAUCCAAGUUGAAUGGAAUUGAUCCUGCAGAGAUUGUCAGUAAAUAUGGCAUGGAUUUAGUACGUAUUACUAUGCUGUCUAAUGUUGGACCGCAUAGAGCAAGAAAAUGGACUGAAGGAGAUGUAAUUCAAGGUGUCAUUAAUUGGUUAACUAAAAUGAAUCGAAUUAUUGACCAGUUAAUAGAAUUUUCUGUCCAUGCACAAAAUUCUAAUACGCCAUGGGAAUUAAAAUGUGGUCUGGAUGACCCGCUGUUAACUCAAUCUUCAAGUUUUCUUAAAUUUUAUGAAUCUGUUAUAAGACGGGUGAAUGGGUAUUAUGAUGAAACGUUUAUAAUUAGUGCAGUUAUUGCUCGACUUCAUGAAUUAACCGAUUUAAUUAGGGUAAGAUGUUUAUUUGCGUAUAUUCCCCUUGGAUUUCUAUUUAAUUUUUAUACAGGUGAAAUAAUAAAACGUGGAAUAUCAGGUAAAGGUUGUUUUUGUUAACCAUAUAUAUUACUAAUUGAUUCAUAUAAGUAGUUAGAUACCAUUGAUAUCAAUCAUUAGUGCUUUCUAGACAGAUAGAAGGGAUAUAAAGUCCGGAUGGCCGUUUCACUCAUUCGGCGUCAGUCUACCGGGUUUAUCUCAACUGAGAGAACCGAAUCAGUUGACAACUUACGAAUUCUAGCUUGCGAACCUGAAAUAUACUAGAUAAAAUUCGCACUCUGCGGAAGCUGUUCAUCAUUUUAGUACAAUUUAGCUGUACUAAGAAUGCUCAAUUCUAAUUCGACGGGCAUCUAUUCUGUCAAGUUGAUGAUGUCGCCACUGAGAAGCCCCUUGGGAUCACUUUUUGCAGACGUGUUCUUGUCAGGCCUAAAAACCGGUACCUUGCAGCAACAUACACAAGAAACGAUUGUAUACCUAAGAUAUGUUAAUGACAUUUUUAUUGUCUGUGGAAGCAGAGAUCAAAAGCUGAAGACCUCGUGUUGAUCAAAUUUAAUUCAUGCCACUCGAAUCUCAAUUUCAUAAUAGAACGCGAGAGAAACGAUAGUAAUAAAUUCCUAGACAUUUUUCUAGCGAAAAUGACUAAUGGCAUAAUCGAAAGAUUUAUAUUUACAAAGUCUUCAUGGGCAGGACAGUACAUGCAUUUCAAGAGCAUUGUGUUCCUAAUUCAGUUUAAAAAGAACUUAGGAGACUCUUCAACAGAGCACGAAAAAUUUGUUCUGACAGGACAGUUGAGCAUGAAACGAAAGCUCUGAAGGAUAUUUUAUCUAAUAAUGGAUAUCCAGAGAAGUUCAUCACUAAAAAUACUCUAAAGAAAUGAUCCCCAGUAAAAGUGUCCAAGCAGUUCCAAAGAAAUCUGUAUAUAUCAUUUUACCGUUCAAAGGAGAUAAUGUACAAGAAGUAGUCAAACGAAGACUUAACAGAGCUAUCAAGAGAACCCAUUAUACUGCAAAACUCGUCCUCCCUAACACUACCGCCAUGUGAGUGCUUCAACAAUCUAGGAAAGACCAGUCACCGACCCUCGACACUUCAAAGUGAGUAUAUAUCAGUUUGAGUGUGUUUGUUGAAGCAAAUACAUAGUUCAUACAGAAAGGCGAUUAUCUACUCGCGUGAUGGAGCAUUCGCCAGAGUGGUUGAAAUCAGAUGAAUUCAAGGUAACAAAGAGUUCAGUAGCAAAGCAUCUCAUGGACUACUGACGUGGUAUUGAGGCUGUCAAGUCAUUCACUGUCGUCAGCAGACAGACAAACAGAAAGAUGCUUGCGAUUGCAGAGACUUGCGGAUUUCCGGUUUAUAAACCAGGUCUCUGUGUACAAAAGGAGAUGAUUGUGACUCUGAAUCUACCAUGGUAAUAUGUUUUACUUAUUAUUCUACCUCUUUUCAUUAUCAUUAUUAUUAUUCUUGAUUCAUUUAAAACUAUCUUUUAGCAGUAGCAUUAUCCUAACUCACCUUCACACUAUUAUUACUGUUAUUAUUAUAACUAAUACUGUUUAUAUUACUCUGUUUGCAAUUCUUGUUGUAUUCUCUAAUGACUAAUUGUUUAUCUAAGUGAUGUAAUUGAAGCGUAAUGCGAUUUAUCAUUGAUCUUUCAUACUCUCUCUCCCCUUAUCUAUUUGAACACGACCUGGAAAACAUUUGCACUUGUCUUUCUGCAUGACUAAUUCAAUGUAGUUUAUUUAUUUAUCAGUCUUAUAUCUCCCAAUGUAAUUUCAAAAGUAUAUAUAUCCGUGUAUGUAGAGUAUUUAGCUGAUGAGUUCUACCGAAAUUUGAUGAAUUCAUUAAAUCAUCCUGCUUUAUUACGCUUUGCUGUUUGUUUCAAAUUCGAAUCAAGAAAUAAAUGUUUUCAAUCUAACUGAGAGUUAAUUGACAUUGAAAUAGUUAGAUCGUCCACAUACUUAACAAAGUUCAUUUCAUCAGAGUGAGGUAAUUCAUGCAAGAAGAAAGAAAACAGAAAAGGAGAAAGGACAGCUCCUUGAGGGACGGGAAUUUCGCAGUAAUCAAUGAAGUGGACGACUUCUCCUUACAUGCAGUGUACUGCCUUCUUCUUGGGAAAUAAGAAUGCUGCCAGUUGACAACCCAACACUUAUUUUGAGUUACAACAAGCUCAUUUAACAAAAUAUCCCCAGGUACCACCGAAUCGAAAGCAGGUGUAUAAUCUCGGAGGCGCAGCAAACAAAUGUAAACCCCUUUGUUUAGAUUAGAAAUGAUGUUAUGAUGCAAGAUGACAGCAGCUGCAUCUAAAAUACUUCUAUUAUGUUUGUAGGCCAGUUGUUUGGGAUCGUUAAGUGCUUUAUUUAAGGGUUCAAGACUAAGUGAAAGCAACUUUCACAUCGUUUUUAAAAAAAGGAGAGGUUAUAGCAAUAGGUCUAAACUUGACACACAUGCUCCAGUGAAACGACUUUGAUACAGUUACAAUUUCAAUAUCUUUCCAGGUGGCUGUUACAGGAUUUCUGGGAAUAGAUUCAUUAAGCAUGUUGCUGGUAGGAUAACACUGGAAAUCUGCACACUCUAUUUAAGAAUAACACUAGACACAACAUCUGGACCCAGGUUUUGAGAAGGGUUCUCCUACUGGAGUCAUUUUAGACUGCCAUUUGUGUUGAAACCUCCGUCUUACGAAAUUUUAUAAUAUACAUUUUUAAUCAAUUGGACUGAUGUCGAGAGUUUAUUAAAAAAAGUUGUCUUUUGUAAUCCAGUCAAGUAGAUUGCUUCAAUUUCCAUUUGAUAUAUAUUUCUCCCCUCCCCGCCACUUCUCCCCGUCAUCUUUUGAAUAUAGAGAUCUUCUGUUCAUGCUGGUGGGCCGGGACCGUCAAGUUUUCUUUAUCUGCGUGCAUUGGCUGAUCUCUUGGUAAUGCUUGCUCCAGUUUCACCGAUUUAUGCAUCAGAAUUAUGGUCUGGUCUUCAGUGCGCCUUAUCAACGAAUGCACCAUCAACAAUUCAUGAAAUUCUUUCCAGUCAUUCCAAUAAGAUGAUGCAUUCGAGUGAUGAUUGGUUCAAUCAUUGGCCAUACGAUUUGGAAAAACAUGUCCUGGAACAACCAUUCCCUAAAAUUCGUCAACAAGAUAGUCACAUCAGUGUGGAGGACGACAACCAUAGCAACGCUGGUUGUUUUGAUGUGGAUACAGGAAGAAGACGUGAAUCAGUUGCAACAUGAUGAUAAUGGAUGAAUGAAUGAAUUAGUGGAUGAGAAUGCUUAUGAUAAAUUUCUCACUUAUAAGAUGGUUGAGAAAGGCGCCAUCUUAGUUUGAGAGACAUUGGCUGUAGCGUCUACUUAUUUAUCAAUAUUUCUCCUUACUACUUAUAUGAUUAUUAGUAAUAAUAAUAGUAACAGUCUUUUUAUUCCUUUUGUAUAGUUUCCACUCUUCGUCUGUUUUGUUUAAGUGGUCUGUUAUCAAUAACUAUCCUAUGUGUAGAUGUGCAAUUUUUUACUUCAUCAUAUAUUGUCUCCCUUUC